AAACUACCGCCCUAACACGCCUAACAGCUAACAGCUACACGAAUGCACAAACACUCUGUACACCUCUGCCCUCUGCUGUACACAAACAGAGCCAUCCACUUAUUUUUUGUUGUCUUGUUCCGUCGGCGUCGUCGUCUCCACGUCGUCUCGUCGGUCAUAAGCCCAGAUUUAUCGCUGAAACUUGCUAUAUAGUGCGAUUGUUUGUCAACUGUCUGCUGUCGGCCUGCUUCAAAGAACUUUACUGGCACUCUUCGUGAUGGCUUAACACCGCAACGACAUGGGAAAACCGAUGGACGAAGACGCUCAGACUGUUGGCUGUUGGAAGAAGGGCAAGCUGCUCGACAGGGGUGCCUUUGGCAGCAUAACACUAUGGCACAACACUGAAACCAAGGAGACGAUCGCUCUCAAGGCCUGCCUGAGGACUUGCUCGGAGCUGACCACCAAGCUCUCGGAACGUUGGGCGCAAGAGGUGGAGAUCCUCAAGAAGCUCGACCACCCCAACGUGAUCAAGGGACUGCCUCUCCCCAAGGCCUUUGCCCAGCUCAACUCUCCGUUACCCUUCCUCGCCAUGGAGUACUGCACCGGUGGCAACCUUCGCCAGGUGCUGCAGAAGCGGGAGAACUGCUGUGGCCUGCCCGAGAGGGACGUCCGCCGCGUCCUGAGCGACGUCUCCUCUGGCUUGCAGUACCUGCACACACACCACGUCGUGCACAGGGACCUGAAGCCCGAAAAUGUAGUGCUGCAGGAGAAGGACGGCACGGUUGUUUACAAAAUCAUUGACCUGGGAUAUGCCAAAGAGUUUGACCAGAGCAGUUUGUGCAACUCCUUUGUUGGAACACUGCAAUACCUGGCUCCGGAACUAUUUGAGAGGAAACCAUACACGAGAGCCGUUGACCUUUGGAGCCUCGGAAUCAUUGCCUAUGAGGUGAUCGUGGGGCAGCGACCCUUCUCACCCAACGCUUCUCCCGCACAGUGGAUCCCUCUAGUCAACAACAAGGGAAGCUGUGACAUAAGGGGAGACCUGCGUUCUUCCGGAAGUUAUGUCUACGACGACAAGCUGCCUCCCUUGAACCAUCUAACAAGGGUCCUGAAGGAAGAUCUGGAGCGUUGGUUACGCAUUCUCCUCGAAACAAAACCAGAGCUGAGGGGCCGUCGUGACAACCUCACUGUCUACGAAAUCCUUGAGAACCUACUUGCACGACCGACAGCCAACAUCUUCAGCAUGCAAAGCCUGUCGGUGAUCUCAUUGCCAUUGGACGGAGACCUGGGCAGUGCAGGUGCGCUGGCAGCGGAGCUGGAGAGACGGACUGGAAUCUUGAAACGGAAUCAGUUGCUCCUCAGCGAGAAAGCAAAGCUCUCCAACUUCAAGGACAUCUCCGACCACUGUGUGCGCUACCAGGAACUGGGGCAGGCCACGCUUUACCUUUUUGACGACUCGGUAAAUGCCGAGCUGAAGAGCUUCGACUACAGCCCUUGCCUUCUGGUGGAGCUCUCCGAUCGCCUGGAAAGCCGGGACAUUCAGCUGAGGAGCAUGGAGAUCAAGAAGAUUUGGGCAGAGAGCCUCUUUGCCGUUCAGAAGGAAGUUGAGAUGCUUCACAACAUCCUCGGUGCCUUCCACAGUGGUCUGGCAUACUUGAACACAGAGAUCCCUACACUGCAGAAGGCACUGUCAGACAUCCACUUUGAAAAUAACAUGGUCAUGGCCAAAGUCAAAUUUGCCCACGAAUGCUACAUUAGAGAUGUUGCACAUCUGCAGCAGUGGAAUAGGAGUCAUCCCAGUGAAAGCAAUGACAGGCUCCUAGCAAAGUGGGCAUCAUGCGAUGAUAUCUUGAGCAAAGUUGACGACAAGCGAAGGGAGGCCACUGCCCUGUGCACCGACUUCAACGCAGCUUGCAGCAAGGUAGUUGGACUGGAGAAGACUCCCUAUGCCAAGACAAAGCGGUCAGAGGUCCUAGAUGAGAUCGUACACAGGACAUUGCAGAUUUAUGGACGGACAAAACAAAGCAAAGAUUUCGGCAGCAUCUCUCUCACAAGCAACGAGAUGAAAGCGGUCAUUGACGACCUUUUGGAAGAGGAAAGUCGCAUGUUGAAGGAUGUGUACGAGUACAUGAGGGACAUGAGCGAAGCCUUCAGGACCGUGGUACUGCUGCCCGAGCGUAUUCACCAACUGAUGAACGGGGUUGUGUCUCUCAGCCGCACAAUCAGUUCGAUCCAGAAGGAACGCCAGGACUCCAUCUGGGACUUGAAAGCUCAGCACUCUGAUUUGCAGACAACUGCCCUGGAGUCACUGAUGCAAGCAACAGAGAGUUCUUUGAAAGAAGUGACUUCAGAGGACACAAACAGGGGGCAUAACUUACGCCAGCUCGUGGAAUGUGUGCUUGAAGACACCAGGGCAAAGGAGGAGAGCAUUUCUUUGUGCAACAGGAUUGAACAGACAAGAAUGCAGUGGGAAAAAGACUGCAGUGACCUUCUGAAAGAAAUGGAAACUCUGACCGAGAAAAUUUCAUAAGUGACCUGCAGUUGCCACUCCAUUUCAUUACAGAUGUGACUAUAAGCUUUGGUCCUUCGCACAGUAUGUGCAUGCCAUGUACAGCACACUAUGUGCUAGCGUAGGCAUCCAGCUAUCAUGGCCUUACUCUUAGGAGAUCUUCUGGAAUCGACCGUUGGCUGUUUGAUUAUGGUUUCAGUUUUGGGGUGGCAUAGAAGAUAUAGAAAUGAUAACCGAGCCAGGUUGAAAGGCAGUUAAGUACUGAGUUUUCUUUUUAUCUUUUUCUGUUGGUCAGCUAUGUUUGAACUUGCUGCUAGGGCUUGUACUGCAAAACCUUCUUUCCUUUGCCAAAGUUACUAUAUUUUGCUUCAUAGAAUGUAGAAUGAACAGCACAAGUCUGCAAGCUGGCUUGCUGAUUUCCUUGUGCCGUUUAAGCUUCAUGUUAAGCUUGCACAAUUUGCAAAGUACACUGCCAAUAUGUAUCAUGAUGCAUCUGUAUCAUAGUAUGGGUCCUUUGCUAGUGUACUUCACAUUGACUAAGAAUUUGAGCAUUCUCAAUAAAUGGCAUUGUUACAAUAUCAGCAGUUGUACUUAGUAUUGUAAAGCCAUCUCUUUCAUUGUUGUAUUGUCCCUCUCUUUUUAAUGUGUAUUAUGGUUAGAUAUUUGUGCAGUGUGAGGCUCCAAGGUUGUAUGUGUAUGCUGUAUAUGCAAUGCUUACUAGACAGUUUGUGACAAUUAAGUAUUUCUGCCUUAUGUACAGGGUGUCACAAAAAAAAAAAUUAUACACAUUUUUUUUUUUUAUUGCAAAAAUGAUCUAGGCAUCGCCAAACGCUCAUUCUGCGCCUAAAGGUAGCGCUAGAGGUCACAACCAGAUGCCAAAGUUUCAGCCCGAUCUGAUCACUUAACCAAAAGUUAUAAGUGAUUUUCUGAAAAUUUCAAUGGGAAAAUGGCGGCCGACGGAGUUAUCGAAUACAUGGGGCUCUAUGGCACCAGAAACUGAAAACAGGCAAAAAUGGGCUCCUUUUUCUCAUUGAAAUUUUCAGACAAUCACUUAUAACUUUUGAAUAAGUUAUCGGAUUGGGCUGAAACUUUGGCAUCUGGUUGUGACCUCUAGCACUACCUUUGAGCGGAGAAUUAGCGUUCGGCGAUGCCUACCUUAUUUUUUGCGGGAAAAAAAACCCUGUAAAGUUUUUUUUUUGUGGCACCCUGUAUAGUACUGAAUGGGAUGCUGUCAAGUGUGAAGAAAAUUGUCACGUAAAGGCUAAUUCAAAAUAAAGGAUGCUGGAAACAUGAA